AUGUCUGAGCUACGUUUCCUCAGGCGGAACCUACGGAUUCUCGUCCUAAACCCGAACUCAUCCACCACUAUGACUGAUGGUAUGGCAAACGCCAUCCGCCAAAUGACACUACCAGACUCAGUUGAGAUUUAUACCUACACUGCCCCUCCUCACUCUGCUCCAGGUAGCAUCAACGACCAGGACGAUAUUUCCCGCAGCACCCAAGCUGUACUUGAUGACCCCAAGAUUGAAGAGGAACUCGAAUCCGACAAAUAUGAUGCUGUUCUGGUCGCAUGCUUCAGUGUCCACUGCCUGGUCUCCAAGUUGACCAGGUACCGCCAUCUCUCUGUCACGGGUAUCUUUGAGGCAAGUAUUCUUACAACUUAUUCCCUUAUGAGCGCACCAGACAAUGCUGGUAAAUGGGGUAUUGUCACAACUGGCAAAUUCUGGGAGGAUCACUUGUCCGACGGCGUCAAGAACUUCCUCGGCCAGGAAAAGGAUGGCGUUAAUAACAAGUUCGCUGGUGUCUUCUCCUCUGGCCUCACUGCAGGCGAUUUCCACACGAUUCCGCCGGAGAAGGUCGAAGAAAAGCUCAAGGAAGCAACCAAGAAUCUGCUUAAUGAGGGACAGGUAUCGGUUGUGGUCAUGGGCUGCGGUGGUAUGGCUGGUCUGGAGAACAUUAUACGAUCGACCGCGAUCGAGAUGUAUGGUAAGGCCGAUGGCAACCAGGUAUACAUCAUCGACGGUGUCAAGUCAGGCGUCAUGCAGUUGGAACAGAUGACCCGCAGCAAACGAAUCUUCCGGUAA